CUUCAUUCAUCGGAGGCAUUUUCACCACCACCACUCCGAGCAGCUUCAACAGCAGGCGUCAUCAGCAGCAGCACAACGCUGAGCGUCGUGCAGUCACAUUUGACCCUUGAUCUCUGUUUUUGCAGCAGCCAGCAUAAUACAAGAUGGCUGACGAGGAGCUUCGUUGCUUUGUUGGUGGCCUCUCGUGGGGCACGGAUGAUCGCGCUCUUUCGGAUGCUUUCCACGACUACGGAGCUGUUGACGCUAAGGUUGUGAAUGAUCGAGAAACCGGCCGCUCCCGAGGGUUUGGAUUUGUGACUUUCAAGGACAAGGCCGGCAUGGACGAUGCCAUCAAGGCCAUGAACGGCACGGAACUUGACGGCCGGACUAUCACCGUCAACGUCGCCCAACCUCGUGGAAGUGGCGGCGGAGGCCGCGGCGGCGGCGGGUACGGCGGCGGUGGCGGAGGUGGAUACGGCGGUGAUCGCGGCGGCGGCGGCGGAUACGGCGGCUCCAGGGACCGUGGUGGUGGCGGCGGCGGCGGCGGUGGUGGCUGCUACAAGUGCGGCGAAGACGGACAUUUCGCCCGCGAGUGCCCUAGCGGAGGAGGCGGCGGCUAUGGCGGCGGUGGAGGAGGCGGGUACGGUGGUGGCGGUGGGGGAGGAGGCCGGUAUGGGUCUGACCGUGGUGGUGGUGGUGGCAGGCCGUCAAGGUCUGGUCCCUAUGACCGAUCUGGUGGUGGUGACCGCAAGGACAGAUAUGAUGACCGUUACUAAGUAACACUCCUUAUGCUCAAGGCUUCGCAACGUUUUCUGCUGGUUUCUUUCUAUGCUUCUAGGCGGGAAGCUGAUUAAUGUUCCUGUUUUGGAAGAAACGAAGAUUUUCGUCCGUAGCACUUUAUAGAUGGUGUCCAGUUGUGCUUAUACAGUUCCUGGCGCAAUGUGCAUAUGUUAUGAGGUGCUGCUGCUUUCCAUGUAGCUACGAUUUCCUGUAAAGCGGACUUGAGUUGACGUUGAAAACU